AGACGAUAUAAGUGCCUCAGAAGAAGUACAUAUUGCUGUAAGGCGUUUGCUGAAUAGGAAAAAUAAUAAGAAGAGGGUUAAAGGCGAAUCGCAUACUUUAACUGAUAUAACAAAUUCAGUUAAAACAGUUGAUAAUAUAAGUGAUGUUUUACGGGAAAAUGGUAACACAAGUACCAUGAACACACAAUAUCUAAAUUCUUCCAGAGCAACUGGUGAAUUUGUUACUGAGGUUAUUGAGAAAGAAAGGCCAAAGAGAGAAAAGAAAUCAUUGAGAAAAGUUAUCAAGAAAAAUAAUGAAAAUAAUCGAACAGUUAUUCAAAAACUAACUAACAUUGAGGGUUUGGUAAAAGAACUACAAAAAUCAGAGAUAGCCAUAUCAAAUAUCAAAUGCAACGAAUGGGAGAAGAUUCAAAUGUCUACUGGUCUCGGGUUCGAGGCAAUUGACUUCAAUCUAGAACAUGAAACAAAGAGUAAUGCAUUCCAAUGGGAUGAUAGACCGGAAAGAGAACAAAAAGAUAGGUAUAUACCUCAUCUUAGAAAGAUACUCCAAAUUUCCAAAUAUCGAAAACUUGAGAUAUAUGAUACAACUAGUCAUAUUAAUUUUCUUAGUAUGAGUACUGACAUCCUGCCAAUAAGACUCGUUGGUACUUCAGAUGCAACUGUAGUAAACAGGUUUUCUAUUUCUUCCAGGAUCCCACAACACCACAUUCGGAUCCUUUUUGAACUAAAGAAAUUCAUUAAUGAUGGACAUUUGUAUCAAGCUUUGGCAGAAUUGACUUCUGGAGAUUUAAAAUUUAUACAUGCUAUUUUAGCUGUGCUAACAGAUUUAAGAGAUGAUUGGCAGUUUUUUUAUUUUGAAGAUGAAAAGAUCGGGACAUUUACUCUUCCUAGAGGUAAAGCUGUGGCAUUAAUACAAAUAAAUAUGAAAUCUGCAAAUCAGGAGUUAAACAAUGAAAUAGAAGUAACGGAGCCAUUGCCGAAAGGCGCAAGCUUGAACACAUAA